UGAGCCACCGCGCCGGGCUGGUGGGGGUUUUUUGAGACAGGGUCUUGGUCUGUUGCCCAAGCUAGAGUGAGUACAGCAGUGUGAUCAUGGUUCGCUGCAGUCUAGACUGCCUGGGCUCAGUUGAUCCUCCCAUCUCAGCCUCCUGAGUAGCUGGGACCACAGGUGUGUACCACUAUGCCCAGCUACUUUUUUUAUUUGUAGGGAUGAGGUCUCACCAUGUUGCCCAGGCUGGUCUUGAACUCCUGGGCUCAAGCUGGCUCAAGCCAUCCUAUCUUGCCCUCCUAAAGUGCUGGGAUUACAGGCAUGAGCCACCAUGCCCACCCUGAAUUAAGAAUGUUGUUAGGAAAUAAGAGGUCCCAGGGCUGGGGCAAAAACCACUCAGGAGCUGCAGAUUUGUCUGUCUGCCAGGAGACAGUACUCCUUAGUCCAGCUGGUCUACGGGUCUGUUCAGCCUGCGGCGGAGUGCCUGAGAUGGGAGUGCUUGGCUCUGCCUGUAUGUAGGGCCGCCCGGCCAGCCCGCCAUGCAGUUGGAAGACUUUGCAGCUGACGCUUUUGGCAGCUGAAGGGCUCCAUGGAGGCUGGGCUGGGCCAGACUGGGUGUCGGGGCUGGUCUCAGUUGCAGGAUAUUUUGAGGGUGCAGACAGUAAGAUGGUCUUACCGCCUGGGCUCUUUCCUACCCUUUGGGAGGGCCAAGCUAGAGCUAUUUGCUACCAAACACCUUUUUCCUAUUAACUAAGCAUACCACCCAGCUGGGCAGGAACAGGCUGAGGGCCUGACAAGCAGCGAGCCAGGCUCCUGCCAACAACCAAAGAUUCCCCAUUUCUAAAGGAUGGAAAGAGCCCAUGGGAGGUGACCGAGGCCACAGCCAGCCCCUCCCUGUUCAGCAUUGAAGAAUGACACGCAUUACAGAGCUCUGGAGCAGCCUGCAGUGGAAAGUUGGAGCCGAGGUGUGUGGCAGGCAGAUGAGGGAGCAGAGAACUGCUGAACAGAGUGAAACUCAGAGGACGUGGUGGAGCAUGGCUGCGACCCUGCAGUCCCUGGCUUGCCUGGUGGUAGCCAUUUGCCUCCUCUCUGGUGUGACUACAACCCAGCACCAUGCAGGGCAGCCCAUGGACAGCACCAGCGUGGGAGGUGGCCUGCAGAAGCCAGAGGCCCCGGAAGUGAUGUUUGAGCUGCUCUGGGCUGGGCUGGAGCUGGAUGUCAUGGGGCAGCUGCACAUCCAGGAUGAGGAACUAGCGUCCACACACCCAGGCCGCCGACUCAGGCUCCUCCUGCAGCACCACGUGCCCAGUGACUUGGAGGGCGCUGAGAAGCGGCUGCAGCAGCUCCAGGACCUGCGGAAGGGGCCUCCUCUUAGCACUUGGGACUUUGAACAUCUGCUCCUCACAGGCCUGUCCUGCGUCUACCGGCUCCACGCAGCUAGUGAGGCUGAGGAACGGGGCCGCUGGGCCCAGGUCUUCACUCUCCUGGCACAGGAAACACUCUGGGACCUAUGCAAGGGUUUCUGCCCCCAGGACCAGCCCCCUUCCCUAGGGUCCUGGGCCUCCAUCCUUGACCCCUUCCCGUGACCCUCCCCUUUUGCUCUUUCACCUGCUAUUAACCCCUCCCAUCUCCUCCUCAACCCCCCAGGCAGACCCAUCUUGGGCAGGGGCUUCUGUCUGGCAUCUGGUUUUUUCCACUGUGUUCAGAUCUCUGGGCGUGGCUUGCACCCUGGACACCCCCUCUCUGCUUACCCCGACCCAAUCGAUCUUGUUUCCUGGAUCUUGAGAGGCUAAGAACCCAGGCUGUGGGUCGCAAGGAGUGGCCACAGAGCUAAGGGCACGACUUGCAGGCAGUGUGUGUGUGUGCUGAGAUCAGGGGUCAGGGUUGAGAAGUGUGUUCAAGAGAUGCUGAAAGGGAAGCUGCCCCAAGUAAGGCCAGGUCAGACCUUCCAACUCCUACCCUGGCAGUCUGUGAUAGGUCCUGUGGAAUUCACAGGAAUCCUCUAGGUGCAGAGCACCCCCUUUUAGGCACAACCAAGGAUCUGGGGUCCCUGAGCCUCCAAGUUCCCAUCUGGGUUGGGAGAACAGACUUUUUGAGUUCUGUCUGUUGGAGGACUGGAGAGAAACGGGGAGGGAGGAACAUUUUCUCUUUUGGGGUAGGGAGGCCAUAUCUCAACAAGCGCCGGGUGAACACCUCAGAUGGGGGAGUAAGGCUGGCAGACCAAGCAGAGACAA